UGGGAAUUGUGUAGUGGCCAAAGUGCAAAGAUUUUCCCUUCGUUAUCAGCUCUUACCUUUUAAUAAUAAUAAUAAAAAAAGAAAUAGAAAUAAAACCGUUGUAAUGUAAGUUUUGUAAAAUAAUUAUAGGUUUCUGUAACCAUGCCUGACUGCUGAGAAAACAGUUACGUGCGAAGAUUUGUUCAGUGCUAAACCACUGCAGCUUUCAACAAUAAUGAUCAAUCAAUAAAGAUCAAGAUGUGAGAGUUUCGUGCAAACGUUCAAACUAUGCCAAUUAGUGCUGUAUAAAUCUGAACUGCAGGACAGUGGGGGAUUUUGUUCUGUAAAGGAAACGUGUGGGUUUCUUUCAUUGUUCUUCUGAAAAAUUCAAAUAAGCCCGGAGUGGAGGACGCACAAUUCUGAGACAAUAGUAUGGUCACCGUUAUCAACACAAACAUGGAUCACAUAACAGAGAACAUCAUUUUUGAAGAUUUGGAUUUAAAUUACUAUGACAAUGUGACAGAAGUACCUUCUGAUGAAGAACUGGAGUACAUCUGCAACAAUGAAAGUAAACCACUGCAUCUGUUUCACACCGUGUUUCAACCUCUUGUAUAUGGUGUGGUUUUUUUCCUGGGCCUAAUAGGAAAUGGCCUCCUCUUGACCAUUCUGCUUAAACGGCGGAGGAACCUGCGCAUCACAGAGAUCUAUCUGCUACAUCUGGCACUGGCGGACCUGCUCCUCCUCUUCACUUUACCAUUUGCAGUUACCGAAGGGGUGGCCGGAUGGCUUUUCGGAAACUUCCUCUGCAAGCUAUUGGGCCUUGUUAAUCGCCUAAAUCUGGUGUGCGGGAGUCUGCUUUUGGCAUGCAUUGGCUUUGAUCGCUACCUCGCCAUUGUGCACGCCAUCCCCAGUCUCCAGACCCGUCGGCCUAAGACUGUUCACCUCACCUGCGCACUGCUCUGGCUCCUGUGUCUAUUUGUGACCAUUCCCAAUAUGGUGUUCCUGUCUGUGGAGAAAGAGAAGAACAACCCUUCCAGAUUCUUUUGCUCUUACAACAACCAUGCCAUCCAUGCAAGCAACUGGAUGUUGACCAGCCGCUUCAUCACACACCUGCUGUGCUUCUUUCUGCCUCUGGUGAUCAUGGGGUUCUGCUACACUUCUGUAAUCAUCACUCUUUGCCAAAGCCAGAGAAGUCUGGAGAAACAGGGAGCAAUUCGACUGGCCCUACUGGUUACACUGGUUUUCUGCCUGUGCUGGUUACCAUAUAACAUCACCAUUUUUAUGCAUACCCUGGUGGUGCUGGGUGCUAUGCCUGAAAGCUGUCAUACUCGCAACACACUGCAACAGGUGACAAUAGUCACAGAGAGCAUUGGCUUCUCUCACUGUUGUCUGAAUCCAAUCUUGUAUGCCUUCAUUGGGGUCCGUUUCCGAAGAGACCUCCUGCAGUUGCUUACAAAGAUAAAGUGUCUGCAUGUAUGCCUGUCAGGUCAGCGCACAAAAAAUUUGAACAGGGUAUCUGUCUCAGAGGCUUUUACUACUACAACAAGUAGCCAAUACAUCUAAUAGCAGCUGGACAUUUUUGUAAUUUUUUUUUUAAUCUUUAAAUUGCCAACUAUCUGUGAUUUACAGCUUUACCUGCAUCCUGAGCCUAUCACUGCAAGCGACUGAAAUCAUAUAAAUUUGAACAAUCUGUUAGUCAGAGGUUGAAUUUCAUUAAUAAGCAAAGCUAAGCAUAGUAAAUGAAAUGUUGUAGUGCUUUGCAUUAUGUUUUGAAUGUAUUAUAUUAAAUACCAGAUAACAAAUGGUUAUGUAACAAAUAAUUGGAAAUAAAAAGUGGUAUAAUCCUA